CUGACGGCCACUAAUCUUGAACGUUGGAAACGUUCAGUCUUGAUGGUUGCGAUCUGGCCUCACGUUUCAUACGACUGCAGUUCAGUGGAAUUUCAGAAGACCCUCUCAACGACUUCUCGCCAUGCUCUUCGUCCUUUCGGUCAUUCGCGAUAUGUAUACCAAGCACCCGAGCACACCGGGCAUUCCGGGCGUGAAGGAAUCAACCCAAAGCAUAUUCGAGCGCACCGUGCUCCAGAUUCUCUAAUACAUAUAAAUCGGGUGGCGAACCAACAUGGAUCAUCGUGGUGAGAACAGCUCGCGAGCGAGCCGGCCGCCGCGAAAUUGCAGACGCGCCAGCAUCUCGUUACCUCCCAUCAUCGGUGGUACCGCUUCUCCCUCUCAUGACAUACACACCACCUGCAAGCCCAGCAACCGCGAUCCCGAGCAUCCCAGCGCCGUAAUACGCCGGCUUGAACAAUCCCUGCUCGAGCAACCGCAUAUUCGAGAAAUACCGCGCGGUCCCGUACGCAAUCGAGCCUCCGCCCGUGCCCAGCAACGCGCCCACAAGCGCGUCAUGCCCGACCUCCCAGUCGUCCUCCGCGGGUUUCAGGGGCGUGGAAGGCGUUGAAGACGUAGAUUGCUGAUGGCUGGGAGCCUGGAGCUGGCGGAGCACGCCCUCGAGAUCGAGUUGCGCGAAUCGCUCGACGGCGAUGCCCAGGGCGACGAACCCCAGACCGGUUCGCAGCCAGGCGAGGAAGGUCCGCUCCGACGCAAGAUGAUCUCGCGCAACCGAGCCUGUGUUCUUGAGUACGGGAGUGCGCAACCGGGCAAACAUGACUGCGGCGUGGAAGAGAUUGGAAAUCCGCAAUGCGCAUCAUGUGUCUGUCACAUGCGAUAAGGCCUAGCAGGGCUGGAACAGAG